AUGCCUUUUGCAGCCUGUGCCCGACCCCUCAUCUCGGUUUACUCCGAGAAAGGAGACUCCUCGGGCAAGAAUGUUCUCUUGCCUGCAGUGUUCAAGGCUCCUAUUCGCCCUGACGUUGUGAAUUUUGUGCACACUAACAUGCGCAAGAAUAAUCGCCAGCCCUAUGCUGUCAGUGAACUGGCAGGCCACCAGACCAGUGCGGAGUCCUGGGGUACAGGAAGAGCCGUAGCUCGUAUCCCUCGUGUGAGGGGUGGCGGUACUCACCGUUCUGGUCAGGGUGCCUUUGGAAACAUGUGUCGUGGAGGACGCAUGUUUGCUCCCACCAAGACCUGGCGCCGUUGGCACCGCAGGAUCAACACGACCCAGAAGCGUUAUGCCAUCUGCUCGGCUCUGGCUGCUACUGCCAUUCCUGCACUUGUCAUGUCCAAGGGACACCGUGUUGAGGAAAUCCCUGAGGUUCCUUUGGUGGUCGAAGACAAAGUUGAGGGCUACAAGAAGACCAAGGAGGCAGUGCUUCUGCUGAAGAAACUUAAAGCCUGGAAUGACAUCAAAAAGGUCUACGCCUCUCAGCGCAUGCGUGCUGGUAAGGGUAAAAUGAGGAAUCGUCGACGCAUUCAACGCAGAGGGCCUUGUAUCAUCUACAACCAAGACGCUGGUGUCACCAAAGCGUUCAGAAAUAUUCCAGGCAUCACGCUCCAAAACGUGAACUGCCUCAACCUUCUGAGACUGGCCCCCGGUGGUCAUGUUGGUCGCUUCUGCAUUUGGACAGAGAGCGCUUUCCGCAAGCUGGAUGACUUGUACGGCACCUGGCGUAAACCUUCCUCCCUCAAGGUUGACUACAACUUGCCAAUGCAUAAGAUGACCAACACAGACCUGAGUAGGAUUCUGAAGAGCGAGGAGAUCCAGAAAGCACUUCGUGCACCAAGGAGGAAGAUUAGUCGCAGAGUCCUGAAGAAGAAUCCUCUGAAGAACAUAAGAAUAAUGUUCAAGCUGAACCCAUAUGCCAAGACGGCCAGACGUCAUGCCAUUCUCAAGCAUGACCCCAAGAUCAAGGCUAAGAUGCUGAAACCCAAGAAGAGGCCUGCAAAGAAGGCAGUGGCAAAGAAAGUCGAGGCUUAA